AAAAAAAAAUGAAAGCGCAUGAAUUUCAGGUUUCACGACGGGGUUUCAGAACUGCUGGGUCCUUUAUCACGGUUUUAAAUGCCAUUCUCGCCUGGCUGUGCUUAUACAAAAAGGAACGCCUCCCAGGAGUUCAGGUGUCAAGGGGAUCAAUGGCAAGCAUUUAUUAGUUUGAUUGUGUAUAGUAUUAUUGCUGGCAUUGAGGCCGGCGGCCCGCGCCUUUUGCACACCGCUGUGCACGUACCCAACCCCGUACUUGCAGGAAUCGACUCCGCAAACGCUGACCGUCACAACAGAUCGAGAGGUGUAUUUGACCAACAAUUCCGGGCACUUUUACGGGCACCAUGGCAACAGGAUUCAAGUGGGUUACCAUGGUACUGAUCGUACUCUCCGUGAGCCAGUGCGCAGACUCGUUGACACGACCUUCAUUCAUUGAAUUCGUGGACAAUGGUUACUCCGGCAUCACUGUGGCAAUUCACAAUAGAGUGAGCGAAGACCAGGCACUGAUCGACCGAAUCAAGUACAUGUUCACAGAGGCCUCGAAGUACCUCUACCAAGCCACGCAGAAACGGGCCUACUUCCGAAAUGUCACCAUCCUCAUACCCAAGACAUGGGCCAGUAGUCCUGAGUACGAGCUCCCGGGCGGAUUGACCUUUGACAGUGCCGACGUCAUCGUGGCCCCGCCCAAUCCGCGCUGGGCCCCGCUGCAGUACACCAAGCAGUACGAGGGUUGCGGUCGGCAGGGCGUUCACAUCCACUUUAUGGACGCCUUCCUGACUGAUACGAAUACGGAGACUUUCUACGGACCCCUUGGGCGCAUUCUCGUGCAUGAGUGGGGUCAUCUUCGUUGGGGGUUAUUCGACGAGUACCCGGAUGCUGUGGGAGAUCCCGAUUAUUACCAAGAAUACUACUUUUCGCAAGUGACACAACAAUACGAAGGAGUGACAUGUUCCUACGACUACGUCGGCCGGCCGCUGAUCUUCCUUCCCGAGAGCUUUUCCUACCGUGACUGUGCCGGCAGUCCGAAUAUUGGGUACGAGGAUGGCUGCAUUUUCUUCGUGCUGUCGGGGCAGAGUGACGUCACUUCCUCCAUCAUGUUCCGCACGUCACUCGAUCCUAUAAUCAAUUUCUGUAAUGACACCGAGGAGCGGGACAAGCAACAUAAUCCACACGCGCCCAACAAGCACAACCGGCUGUGCAAUAGCAAGAGCAACUGGGAGGUCAUACUGGAUCACGACGAUUUUGCAGGGGGAAGCAAUCCACCGCGUAAUAUCAGCGAGGAAGAUUUGGUGCCGACAUUUACCGUGGUUCAGCACAAGGAUAUCCGAGUCGUUCUGCUAUUGGAUACCUCGGGCAGCAUGGACAGUCACAAUAAGUUUACGAAGAUGACUAGCUCCGCUUACAACUACCUGUCGUCCAUCGUGUUGGACGGGAGCUUUGUGGGGAUCAUAGAGUUUAACUCCAAUGCCAAUAUUCUGCAAACCCUAGUGGAAGUGAACGGAACCGAAGCUCGCCUUGGUCUCACGGCAGCACUGCCUCCGAAAGCUGAGGGAUGGACCGCCAUAGGCCAAGGGCUUUUGAAGGCCAUCGAGGUUUUAUCUGACCAUGAAGAUGGUACCCAGGGAGGUAUCAUCUUACUGGUCAGUGAUGGGGAAGAAACGCAUAGGCCCUUCGUUGCUGACGUCAUGGGUGACGUCAUAGCCUCGGGUGUCAUCGUUGACACGCUGGCAUUUGGCCAACAGGCAUCUGUUCUGCUUCCUGAUAUUUCCAAAGCUACGGGCGGUAAAACAUUCUUCUACUCGAACGAGCCUGGAUCCAACACACUCUACGAGGCAUUCGCAGCAACCAUGGAGCGCGGUGAUGUCAUAGAUUCCGAUAAACGUGUACAGCUGUUGGGCACGUCGUGGUCUCUGGAGGCAGACGAGACACGAACAGGUGGAGUGUUCAUGGACAGCACUGUGGGCAGGAAGACCGAGUUCAGCUUUUCUUGGACGGAAAAAGACAACCCAUCAAUUGAGGUGACCCUCCAGCGGCCGAAUGGGACGAUUAUUGACUCCUCCUACGACGGCUUCGGCGAGGAACCGAACUUCAAGACAAUCAUAGUGAAGAUCGAAGGACAGGCCGAGGAGGGACUCUGGGAUUACACAGUACUCAGCAGGCAUGAACAAGAGGUCGCCAUUGCUGUCUCGUCCUACCCAGCAAGUGAUGACGUAGACCCCAUCAUCGUGACGUCAGAGCUGAGCGGCUCCAUCACUGCCUUUGAACAAGGCGAGCCGUUGGUGGCGUAUGCCGAGGUUCGUCAGGGCUUCAAACCCAUGAUCAACGCCAAUGUCACGGCAACCAUCGAAAGACCAGGCAGCUUUGAACCAAUCAGACUUGAGCUACUCGAUAAUGGUGCAGGUGCGGAUAUCACCAAGAAUGACGGCGUGUACUCGAGAUCCUUCACUGAAUUUACCGGCAUCGGGUACUACGGGAUACGGAUAGACGUGAACAACAACGGCGGAGAGGCCAUCAUUUUGGAGUCCAAUCCUUACUCAAAAGCCCGUCCGAUUGUGCCCCUCGACAAGAUCUAUGACCUACCGGAGAUUGGUGGUAUUAGGAUCCCUCUUCCCGGUGCCCCACCAGCGGAGCCGACAGGAACGCCUGCCCCGGCGUUCAGUCGUGGUACAUCGGGCGGCUCAAGCCGUGUAGACGCCGUACCUCCGGGCUUCGCUCCAGGUGCUGACCUGUUCCCUCCGGGAGACGUUCUUGAUCUCAGAGUCAAGGAAACCUCAUUCCAGGAUAAGACUGUGGCGUUGGUUUGGACAGCUCCUGGAGAUGAUCUUGACAACGGAGCAGCCUCCCGUUACGAAGUGAUCCGUGCCGAGUCCGUUCCGGCCUGGCAGAGCGACCCGACUCCGGAGUCGCAUCUGAUCCUCAACUCCAGUCACGUGCUCGAAGGGGAUCCCUCGGCGCCUCAGGAGUUCGGCAGUCGGGAAGAGUUACUGGUCCUGGUACCCGUACCUAAGGGAGCCAGCGUGGUCUCGUACACGUUCGUCCUGCGCGCCUUCGACGACGCCGGGAACCCGUCUGGGUUUUCUAACGCGGCACAGGCCGUGCUCAGGGAGUACGUACCCCAGCCGCCAACCACCAAGCCACCGCCUGCUACCACGCCACCCCCGGCAACCCGGCCACCGCAACCUGCUGGCACUACGCCACACCAACCCGAGGGGCUGAGCUGGCAGAUUGCACUGAUUGUCAUCGGCAGCGUCGCCGCAGUGCUUGUGCUGAUCGUUGUAGGGAUAGCGGCGUUUAAGUUUUCGAAGUCCAAGGACAAAAAUGUGAAGCAAUCCUACGACGGGGAAGUGGGGAAGGGAGAUGUUAGGGGAACAUAUAACCCGACGUUUGCAUAGGCGGAGAUUUAAGGCCAAUAAUGAAAAGGUUAGGCCUGAAGUUCAACAUGCUUGUCAGAAAAGAAGUAAACAUGAUUUGGUAAAACUUCAAAAAAAAUUGGUGAAUUUGAAACAAUUUCGGUAAAAAAUUUAUAACAAUUUCGGUGAAUUUGAAUUUUUUUUGGGUGUAUCUAAAUUAUAUUAAAUAUUUGUGUAUAAUUUGGUGGAAUAAUAACUUUCCAACUGAUCAAAGAACCGAAGUGCAGAUGCAGUGGAAUCUAUUUUGAAACGCCUCACCGGCGUAAAAAUAUAUAUUUUUGCUCUCAUAUUUGGAGUCUUUUUUGGAAGGUGAAUUGGUACUUGAUAUAGUAAGGUUUUUAACUUGUGUAC